AUGGAGGGCGAUCAACAGCAGCAGCAGCAGCAGCAGCAGCAGCAGCAAUCUGCUGCUGCUGAAGAAAAGCAACAGCAGCAGCAGCAGCAGCAGCAAGAACAACAAGCACAAGACGGAGACUAUGAAGAUGAAGUUAUAACUUCUUUUGAUAACUUACCCCUUAACGAAAAACUUCUAAGAGGAAUAUAUUCUUAUGGUUUCGAGAAACCCUCGGCGAUACAAAUGAGGGGUAUAAAGCCCAUCAUAGACGGCCACGAUACAAUAGGCCAGGCUCAGAGUGGAACGGGAAAAACAGCAACAUUUGUUAUAGCUGCUCUACAAAAAAUAGAUUAUAGUAAAAAUGCUUGUCAGGUUCUUAUACUAGCACCAACCAGAGAACUCGCUCAACAGAUACAAAAGGUGGCUCUGGCUCUCGGCGACUACCUUCAGGUGCUUUGUCAUGCAUGCGUGGGGGGCACCUCUGUCCGUGAGGAUGCACAGAGGCUGCACGGGGGCGUGCAUGUGGUGGUGGGUACUCCCGGGCGUGUGAAUGAUAUGAUGGAGAAGAGGCAUCUACGGUGCGAUCAUAUGGUGGCUCUGGCUCUCGGCGACUACCUUCAGGUGCUUUGUCAUGCAUGCGUGGGGGGCACCUCUGUCCGCGAGGAUGCACAGCGGCUGCAUGGGGGCGUGCAUGUGGUGGUGGGUACCCCCGGGCGUGUGAAUGAUAUGAUGGAGAAGAGGCAUCUACGGUGCGACCAUAUGGUGCUGUUUGUGCUGGAUGAGGCCGAUGAAAUGCUUUCUCGGGGUUUCAAAGCACAAAUACUUUCUGUGUUUCAACAUCUCCCACAAGAUGUUCAAGUUGCUCUCUUCAGUGCCACCAUGCCGUCAGAUAUAUUAGAGCUUACCACGCAAUUCAUGAGGAAACCCAGAAGAAUCCUCGUAAAAAAAGAUGAAUUAACACUUGAGGGUAUUGCACAAUAUUAUAUUGAUGUGCAAAGAGAAGAAAAUAAAUUCGAUACUCUCGUUGAUCUAUAUGAAACACUCACCAUCACCCAGGCUAUUAUUUACUGCAACACGCGAAGACGCGUGCUGCAGCUGGUGGAGAUGAUGACGGGUCAGGAUUUCACAGUUUCAGCUAUGCACGGUGACAUGGAGCAGCAGCAGCGUGAGACAGUGUUACGUGAGUUUCGUAGCGGUUCAACUCGUGUAUUGAUUACAACAGAUUUAUUAGCGAGAGGUAUUGAUGUGCAACAGGUUUCUUUGGUUAUUAACUAUGAUAUUCCUAUAUCUAAAGAAAACUAUAUUCAUAGGAUCGGUAGAAGUGGACGUUUCGGGCGUAAAGGUAUCGCCAUCAACUUCGUUACCGUCAACGAUAUGGAUCAGCUGAAAGAGAUAGAAACCCACUACAACACACAAAUUCAAGAAAUGCCAGCUAAGCUGGAGACCAAGUAA